AUGGCGCCGCAGUUCAAGGGCGGCGUGCCCGGCGGCUCGGGGCGAAAUAUGAUGCGGCUGAAGGGGCGCGUGUUGCCACUGCGGACGGCGGCCCUUGCUGUUGGCGCUGCUGCAGCUGUGGGCGGCGUGGGCGCCCUGCACCACCACCACCGCACGGCGCGCCUGCAGCACAGCCAGCAUGGGCCGGCCUUCCUGCUGCCGCGCGGACUGGCGGAGGUCAUCUGCGGCGCUGUCGGGGAGAUUGUGCAGCUCCCCUGA